CCCCGCCCCGCCCUUGAUUCCGCUACACGAGGACGUCAGUUAUUGAACGUCGUGCUCGGAAUGUUUUUUAGUCCGCUGGCGGAUCAUUUGUCGAGCUCUCUGGACUAGUGGGUGGCUAUGGUGCUGCUGUUGAUCGUAAAGAUGCCUACUCUCUCCCGUGCUUGAAAUGCGGUGGUUAUUGAGGGUGCGGAGUCCGCCUUGGCAAACGGCCCCAGCGGGAAAUUACCUGAGGCAACCUCAGGCGAGGCUCCGGGCGUUAGUAGGACUCCAGGAACACCAGGCCGUGUUUCCAUGGCAACAAACCGGCGUCGGCCGCCCGGUUCUGUACGGCAGUGGCGGGAAAGCGCUCGUGCCCUGCAGGUGGCGGCACGCUGUUGAGGCUGAUGGAGAGCAAAGCUUCUUGGGCAUGAUCGAAGUGUUUUGCGCGCAGGCGUCACGGGUAGUGGAGAAGGAGCUCGUGCAGCGGCUUCGGACUCCCAAGUCAGAGAACGAGCGGAAGUAUCGAGUCCGCGGCAUUCUAGACACGAUCCACACCUGCAGCCACGUCCUGGAGGUGGCCUUUCCUAUUCGCAGGGACAGUGGCUGCUGGGAAGUGAUCAAGGGCUACCGGGCCCAACACAGCCAGCACCGCAUGCCCUGCAAAGGGGGGAUUCGUUACAACUCCUCAGUUAGUGUUAAUGAAGUAAAAGCUUUAGCUGCUUUGAUGACAUACAAAUGUGCAGUGGUGGAUGUUCCUUUUGGUGGGGCUAAGGGUGGUGUGACUAUAAAUCCAAAGAAAUAUUCAGAGAAUGAAUUGGAGAAAAUAACAAGACAAUUUACAAUAGAAAUGGCCAAGAAGGGAUUUAUAGGACCUGGAAUUGAUGUUGCUGCUCCUGAUUUAAGUACAGGAGAAAGGGAGAUGUCCUGGAUCGCUGACACUUACACCCACACUCUUGGAUACAGGGAUAUCAACGCCUCUGCUUGUGUGACAGGGAAGCCCAUCUGUCAAGGAGGAAUCCAUGGACGAAUUUCUGCCACAGGCCGUGGAAUAUUACAUGGAAUUGAAAACUACAUAAAUAACGAAGAAUACAUGGGUCUCAUUGGCCUCAAAACUGGCUUCUCUGACAAAACAUUUGUAUUGCAGGGCUUUGGCAAUGUGGGCAUGCACGCCAUGAGAUACUUGCACCGCUAUGGAGCACGCUGCAUAAGUGUUGGAGAGGUAGAUGGUGCCAUCUACAAUGCUGAUGGGAUCGAUCCCCAGGAACUGAAUAACUAUAAGAUGGUCAGGCUAGGCACAGCUGAAGUGUGUUUCUCAUUCCAGACACAUGGCACCAUAGUGGGCUUUCCAAACGCUAAGGCUCUUGAAGGCAGCGUCCUUGAGUUGCCUUGCGAUAUCCUCAUCCCAGCUGCCAUUGAAAGACAGCUCACAGAGGAGAAUGCUCAACGAGUCAACGCAAAGAUUAUUGCUGAAGGUGCCAAUGGCCCCACCACCCCAAAAGCCCAUGAGAUCUUCCUGAAGAAAAAGAUCCUUGUCCUCCCGGAUUUGUACAUCAAUGCAGGUGGCGUGACAGUCUCCUUCUUCGAGUGGCUAAAGAACCUGAACCAUGUCAGUUAUGGACGCCUCACCUUCAAAUAUGAGCGUGACUCUAACUACCACCUGCUGAUGUCAGUGCAGCAGAGUCUGGAAAGGAAGUUUGCGGAGACCAGUGGGGAAAUCCCUAUUGUGCCCACACCCGAAUUCCAGGCCAGGGUGGCAGGUGCUUCAGAGAAGGACAUUGUGCACUCGGGACUAGCUUUCACCAUGGAACGUUCAGCCAGGCAAAUCAUGGACACAGCCAGGAGGUACAACCUGGGCCUGGACCAAAGAAUUGCUGCUUAUGUGUGUGCCAUUGAAAAAAUCUUUAAAGUUUACAGUGAAUCAAGUUUCACUUACUGAGACCACCUGCCUGCUGGCCCUCCUGUCCAUUGGCUAAAGAGUAAAAAGCAUGUGUUUCACCUGAAAAGGAGCAUCACAGUGAGAAAGUGUUGCUGAGGUGUCCCUGUGGAGUCCUGGGAACUUUCCUCUUUCUUUGUCUGUCACUCUUCCCUUUCCUGUUCCCAGCUUUGCUGAUGCACAGUUGCAAGCUGUGCUUGUUCUGAAAGGAGUUCUUUUUUAGAUCUCUAGGUGGUGCCAACAGCCUAGGGAUGCUACUGUUUUGCUGAAUUGUACUGUGUAACUGCUGGAAUUAAGCAUCUAUUGGA